UUGGAAUAGAAAAAGACGAGAGAGCACGCCGUGAUGAGCUAGCAUCCGGCCGCCGCCGCCGCCGCCGCGGCAGCGGACUGAGCCAGAUGCGCUUGGGGUCAAUAGCUCCCUUGAGCUCUCCUCCCACGGUGUUCCGAACUUCCGAUCAGCCCUUGCACGGGCGCAGGCGCCGGUCCAGGCCUCGGCGCUCGCCCGCCCGCUUCGCUGGUGACGGAUGGCAAUACCCACCUUCUGCAGUUUGAGCAAGCAACACAAAUGGAAGAUAACAGCCUGUGUGAUGCUAUUCUCCGUGGUCCUUGUAGCUUCUGAUUCGCCACUCAGGACUUUUUUCAGCAAGUAUCUCAGCUCUAUCGUACCAUCCUCAGGCUCAACAGAUGCAGCUACAUCAACUCAUGAGAACUGGAAUUUGUCCUCACAGCAUCCCACUAACCUGAGUAGCAAGCCAGGGCAACAGAUCGAACAUGGCACAUAUAACAUGAACACCACUUCGACAAAUGCAACUUCUGGUUGGAGCAUUGUGAAGGAGGAGUUCACAUUUCCAGCAGUUGGUCGCCCUUUCAAUAACUGCCAUGCUUCCACAAUUGUAGAGAUUGAGAAAGACAAUUUUUUGAUCUCAUAUUUUGGUGGAUCCAUAGAGGGUGCUCCUGAUGUCAAAAUCUGGACACAGAGAUACAGUGAUGGCUACUGGCAUCCUCCAGUAGUAGCUGAUGAAGAAAUUGCGACGGCAAUGUGGAAUCCCGUUUUAUUUCAGCUCCCCUCUCGUGAGUUGCUUCUCUUCUACAAGAUUGGUGAACACCCCCAGAAUUGGAGUGGUGCCAUGAAAAGAUCGCUCAAUGGUGGCAUGUCCUGGUCAGAGAGAGAGCAGCUACCACCUGGUAUUCUUGGCCCCAUUAAGAACAAGCCCUUUUUGCUUGAUGAUGGGCGCUUACUAUGUGGGUCAUCUGUUGAAAGCUGGAACUCUUGGGGUGCAUGGCUUGAGGUCACAGAAGAUGUUGGCCGGACAUGGAGGAAAUACGGUCCUAUAUACGUCGAAGGUGAGAAGCUUGGAGUGAUUCAACCUGUCCCCUACCAGACCACCAAUGGGACUAUUCGUAUGCUGCUGAGGUCUUAUCAAACCAUUGGUCGGGUCUGCAUUGCUGAUUCCAGUGAUGGAGGAUUGACAUGGGGUUAUGCGCGCAAGACUGAGCUUCCAAACCCCAAUUCUGGAAUCAAUGGAAUCAAAAUGAAGGACGGGAAAGUUGCGCUCGCCUACAACACCGUCUCCAGAGGCAUCCUCAAAGUCGCAGUCUCCUCGGACGACGGCAUCUCAUGGGGCGAGGUGUUGACGCUGGAGAACACGGAAGGCGUGGAGUUCUCGUAUCCUGCAGUGAUCCAGACCAUGGACGAGCUCAUACACGUCACCUACACAUACAACCGGACACAGAUCAAGCAUGUGGUUCUUCGGCCCAGCUGAGUGGCGCGAGUCUUAAGCAUGCGGCUGGACUGGACUGGACUGGACUGGACUGGACUGCUGGAGAUUUCAAGUGUACUUCGGUGCCGUGAAGGCUCUGCUGUUCACCGUGCUUGUUCUCUGAAUCUGUGCCUGCUCAUGUAGAAGGGAGAAUCUCACCUGUAAAGCAACAUGCUUACCAGUUUUCUAUGUUCCUAUCACCGACAAUUUGGUAUGAAAUUACAGUAUCAGUGUGAAGAUACAACUGUGUCAGCUUAUUUAGUUUUGUCCUUGCUGGUCCCGUUGGAACUUGUCCUCUUUCUCGUGUCGCUGUAAUGACCACUUUUUGUACAAUUAAAUGCCAAAGUUUGAUGUGCCGCUGUUCA